AAUUGUUCUUUGGAAUAAAAAGCCGUGGAGGGGCCCAGCCGGAGCUAGUUCCCUCUGAAAAGUAGUCCAACGAUUUUGAAUGACGAGUACGGUCAACGUCAUCGGCUCGGAUCUAACAACUUUCUCAACGCCGAGCUUCCACCAGGCCGUGGCCGACAGCUUCCGUCCGAAAGAGGCGAGCCCAAUUCCUCGGGACCGAUCAGCUUUUUUUGUUCUCUUCCUACGAGUCUGUCUGUCUGGCUAGACAAAGACCACGCGACUGUAGAAAUCCAAGCGUCCUCCCCACCACCGACUAGAAGGCCACACAGCAGUUACCCACGUAGCAUGUCCUCAGACACCGAGUGACAUUGCGCAAACGACCCGAGAACCCACCCGUGCUUGCGGAGAUGCAGUUCGUUCUCGGCGGCGGCGCCAGCGACGACGACUUCGCGUCCCGCCAGGCCUUUCUUGCUUCGGGCUCAUUCACUGGCUACCGGCCGUGGCGCCUCGAGCUCGGGCAGGGCUACCUCACCGCCGGCGAGGACUUCAAGCAGCCGCUAUGCGGUAACGAAGAGGGCUGGGGCCCCCUGAGCCCCUUCCGCUACGACUUCACACCAUGCUUCCUCGACGUCUGGGUCGCCUCUGUUGCGGUCUUCGGUAUCGUCCUCGGGCUGCUUGCCAUAGCGUGGCUGUUGCGCAUGAAGAAGCCGACAGAGGUGGCGAAGGGGUGGCAUUUUUGGACCAAGCAGAGCCUUCUUGCCCUCGUAAUCGCCGACUUCGUCGUCCAGCUCGUCAUCCAGAUCAUCAGUUACCCACGCAUAUGGUUCGGCGACUUCCGAGUAUGGACAACCGCCCUCACCAUAGUAUCCCUCGCCGUUAUAUUCUCGAUACAAUGGCUCGAACAUGCGAGACUGCGGAACGCGAACGGCGUCGUCCUCUUCUACUGGCUCUUCUUACUCAUAGCGCUGGCCGUCAAGUUGCGAUCCCUCGUCUCUCAGCAGAUCUAUGCCUCGAACAAAGCGUACUUUGUGACCUACUGCGUGGGCUUUGGCGUGUCAGUGGUCGCAUUCAUCGUGGAGUGGUGGUGGCCGCCCAAACAGCUCAAUGACUGCGAGGCGCUCAUCGAAGAGGAGGAGGAGUGCCCAGCCGAGUACGCGACAGUAUUCUCGCGGCUGACUUUCUCGUGGAUGACGCCACUCAUGAAGUUUGGCUACAACAACUACCUGACGGAGGACGACCUUUGGGGGCUGCAGAAGAGCGACACGAGCAAGGCGACGGGCUCAGCCUUCGAGUCAGCGUGGCAGCAGCAGGUGCAGAACCGCGAGCGGCCAUCGCUAUGGGUUGCGCUGUUCCACGCAUAUGGUGCCCAAUAUGCGCUCGCCGGUGUGUUCAAGAUUAUGAACGACAUCUCCGCGUUCGUUCAACCACAGCUGCUGAGAUUCCUAAUCACCUGGGUCGCAUCGUAUGAGGGCAACGAGCCGGAGCCCGUGAUCAAGGGUGCCUCGAUCGCACUGGCCAUGUUUGCGGUCGCCGUCUUCCAGACCAGCAUGAUUCACCAAUACUUCCAGGGCACAUUCGUCACGGGCAUGCGCAUCAAGGCCGGUCUGACCUCCUCGAUCUACCGGAAGGCUCUCAAGCUCUCCAACGAGGGACGCGCGUCCAAGUCGACGGGUGACAUCGUGAACUACAUGGCAGUGGACGCGCAACGUUUGCAGGACCUGGCACAGUUCGCCCAGCAGGUGUGGUCUGCCCCAUUCCAGAUCACCAUCUGCAUGAUCUCGCUGUAUCAGCUGGUAGGCUGGUCGAUGAUGGCUGGUGUUGGUGUCAUGCUCGCAAUGGUUCCGUUGAACGGCAUCGUGGCCCGCUACAUGAAGACGCUGCAGAAGGAGCAGAUGAAGAACAAGGAUACCAGGAGCCGGCUGAUUGCCGAGAUAGUGGCCAUGAUGAAGUCCAUCAAGCUGUACAGCUGGGGAGCCGCGUUCAUGAACAAGCUCAACUAUGUGCGGAACGAGCAGGAGCUGAAGACCCUUCGCAAGAUAGGAGCCGCGCAGGCAGUUGCCAACUUCACUUGGAGCACCACGCCUUUCCUCGUGUCGUGCAUCACGUUCACAGUGUUCGUGCUCACUCACAAGGAGCCCCUGACGACAGACAUCGUCUUCCCGGCUCUGGCUCUCUUCAACCUGCUGUCCUUCCCGCUUGCCGUCUUCCCCAUGGUCAUAUCUUCAAUCGUUGAAGCUACCGUAGCAGUGGGUCGAUUGACCUCUUACCUGACCGCAGAGGAGCUGCAGCCUGAUGCUAUCGCAUGGAAGCCAGCUGUUGAAGAGAACGGCGACGAGACCAUCUCGGUCAAGGAUGGCACUUUCUCCUGGGACCGCCACAACACGGAUAAGAAUGCCCUCAAGGACAUUACGUUCUCCGCCAACAAGGGUGAGUUAUCCUGUGUUGUGGGCAGGGUGGGAAGCGGCAAGUCGUCGUUCCUACAGAGCCUGAUAGGAGAUCUGUAUAAGGUCAAGGGCAGUGUCACCGUCCACGGUGCCGUGGCCUACGUGGCUCAGACACCUUGGAUCAUGAAUGCCACGGUCAAGGAGAACAUCGUCUUUGGCUACCGCUACGACUCGAAUUUCUACGAGAAGACAAUAAAGGCAUGCGCACUGCUUGAUGACUUCAACGUCCUUCCAGAUGGGGAUGAGACUGUUGUCGGUGAGCGUGGCAUUUCUCUGUCUGGUGGGCAAAAGGCACGUGUCGCUCUGGCUCGCGCUGUUUACGCGCGAUCCGACGUCUACCUUUUGGACGAUGUCCUGUCUGCGGUAGAUGCCCAUGUCGGGCGUCAUAUCAUCGAUAACGUCCUCGGCCCCAAGGGUCUGCUGGCGGGCAAGACACGGGUCUUGGCUACCAACGCGAUCCCCGUGUUGAGUGAGUCCGACUACAUUGUCAUGCUACGUGACGGCCGCGUUGCCGAGCAAGGCACUCUGCAGCAGUUGGUAGCCAUGCGCGGCCUCGUCGCCGAUAUCUACAAGUCCGCUGGCCAAGACUCGGGCCCCUCAACGCCGGGACCCGCCAGUGCCGAGAGUCCUAGCAACGAGUCGUUCGACAGCGAGAUCUCCUCGAUCGAGAACGACCGCGAGAAGGACGAGAUCGAAGAAGCACAAGAAGGGCUUGGCUCUCUCCAGGCCAUACGGCCAGGUCCACGUCCGGGGAAAUCCAAUGGACGCUCUGGACGCUCCGACAGCAUGGCCACCCUGAGAAGGGCGAGCACCGCCAGCUUCCGUGGUCCUCGGGGCAAGCUGACCGAUGAGGAGGCCGCACCCAGCAAGACCCGACAGGCGAAGGAGCACAGUGAGCAAGGCAAGGUGAAAUGGUCUGUCUACGGCGAAUACGCCAAGAUGAACGACCCUUUGGCUGUUGCUGUGUACUUGGUCGCGUUGCUGGCUGCGCAGACAGCGUCGAUUGGAGGCAAUUUCUGGUUGAAGGAUUGGUCGGAGAACAAUUCGCGUGCUGGCGCAAACAAUGACUAUGGAAAAUACAUUGGCAUAUACUUUGCCUUUGGGAUUGGCUCCGCCAGCUUGACGGUCAUCCAGACUCUGCUCCUGUGGAUCUUCUGCUCCAUCGAGGCCUCACGGAAAUUGCACGAGCGCAUGGCAAAGGCCAUCUUCAGAAGCCCCAUGUCCUUCUUCGACACGACACCCGCGGGCCGGAUUCUGAACAGAUUCUCAUCCGACAUCUACCGUGUGGACGAAGUGCUGGCAAGGACCUUCAACAUGCUCUUCGUCAAUGUGGCCAAGUCAGGUUUCACGCUGGCUGUUGUGUCUUUCACAACGCCUGCGUUCGUCGCCGUGAUACUCCCGAUGGGGUUCAUGUAUAUGUGGAUUCAGAAGUACUAUCUGAGAACCUCGCGGGAGCUGAAGCGGCUGGAUAGCGUCAGCCGCAGCCCGAUCUAUGCUCAUUUCCAGGAGUCAUUGGGGGGCAUCUCGACCAUUCGGGCCUAUCGUCAGCAAAACCGAUUCGAGCGUGAGAACGAGUGGCGGGUCGACUCGAACCUGAAGGCCUUCUUCCCAUCCAUCAGCGCUAACAGAUGGUUGGCCAUCCGCCUCGAAUUCAUCGGCGCCGUGGUCAUCCUCGCAGCAGCGGGGCUCGCCAUCCUCGCCGUCGCAACCGGUGCCAAGCUGACCUCCGGCUGGGUCGGUCUGGCCAUGUCGUACGCGCUGCAGAUCACGACCUCACUCAACUGGAUCGUCCGCCAGACCGUCGAGGUCGAGACAAACAUCGUGUCUGUGGAGCGAGUGCUGGAGUACGCCAGAUUGCCCAGCGAGGCAGCUGAGAUCAACCCGAACAAGCGACCACCGGCUGCCUGGCCGGCCUCCGGUACCAUCUCCUUCAACAACUACAGUGCAAGGUACCGCGAGGGCCUGGACCUUGUUCUGAAGAACAUCAAUCUCGACAUCAAGUCACAUGAGAAGAUCGGUGUUGUUGGUCGUACGGGGGCUGGAAAGUCUAGCCUGACGCUUGCCUUGUUCCGCAUCAUCGAGGCGGCCAACGGCAACAUAUCGAUCGACGACCUGAACACGUCUAGCAUCGGCCUGCUGGACCUCCGCCGCCGCUUGGCGAUAAUACCACAAGAUGCUGCCCUCUUCGAAGGGACGGUCAGGGACAACCUAGACCCUGGUCACGUACAUGAUGAUACCGAGCUGUGGAGCGUUCUCGAGCACGCCCGGCUCAAGGCCCACGUUAGCCAGAUGGAUGGUGGCCUCGAAGCCAAGAUACAUGAAGCAGGCUCGAACCUCUCGCAGGGCCAGCGGCAGCUGGUGUCGCUCGCGCGGGCGAUGCUCACGCCGUCCAAUAUCCUGAUCCUGGACGAGGCGACGGCGGCGGUGGACGUCGAGACGGACGCGAUGCUGCAGCAGACGCUGCGCAGCCCGCUGUUUGCGAACCGCACCAUCAUCACGGUCGCGCACCGCAUCAACACCAUCCUCGACAGCGACAGGGUCGUCGUCCUCGACAAGGGCGAGGUCGCCGAGUUCGGCCCGCCCCGGGAGCUCGUCGCGCAGAGGGGCAUCUUUUACUCGCUUGUCAAGCAGGCUGGGCUGGACAAGGACGGGGAGUGAGUGAGUGGGUGAGCGGGUGAGCGAGCGGGUGGUGCUGUGUUUCAUGUCAUGUCUAUAUGCAUGUUUGUAGUAUGCGUAAGUGCUCGGAUACUUUGUGUGUGUGUGUGUUCAGAUAGAUAGAGUGCCAUCGCCUCGGGCUCUAGGCCGGCGUGGAUGGCUGUGGUGGUAGUCGUGGUGUUGGUGGUGUGUUCUCUUUUACUUGGCAUUUGGAAGGGCAAAAGUGCGAGCGAAGCAUGCAUGGUAAACCGGCAGGCAGCAAUUCAAAGAAGCAUUUGAGUUUUUUUU